CGCCCUGCUCUCCCUCCCCCCCAUUCCUCCAUUGGGCUGGAUCUGGUUUCUUUCCUCCCCCGACAGGAAAAAAUAUUCCGGACAAAACGAGUCUGAGUGUGAGUGAGAGACAGCUUUACGGGGGGCUGGAGACUCCCCAACUGCACCCUGGGGGAGGGCAACAAGGACGGCUGAGGUAUAUCCCACACGAUGGCAGCGCCAGGUUAUCCUUCACCCAUGGCUGGGUACUCUUCCCCACCAUAUCCCACCCCACCUUAUCCUGGCCCAUCAGCAACUCCUGCACCUUCAUCACCCGGUUUCCAUGACUACCCUGGUCCUGGAUACAGCAUUCCCCCACAUGACCACAUGCACCCCUCGAAACAUCCACAGCCAGCCCCUUCUCCAGGGGGAGCACCUUACCUGCCCGUGAGCACAGGAACUGCCACCUGUGGCCUGGCCUACUUGGAUCAGAUUGACCAAAUUCUAAUUCACCAGAAAACAGAGCUGCUGGAAGCCAUCACCGGUUUUGAGACCUGCAAUCAGUAUGAAUUGAGGAACAGUAUGGGUCAGCGAGUAUUCUCAGUGCGGGAGCGGAGCUCGCUGUGUGCACGCUGGUGCUGUGGCUCUCUCCGUCCUCUCACACUCCAAGUCUUUGACUCUUCGGGACGAGAGGUCAUUCAUUUCAUUCGUCCACUGAAAUGUGCGAGCUGCUGCUUCUCGUGCUGCCUACAGGAGAUGGAGGUUCAGAGUCCACCUGGACAUACCAUUGGGUACGUAGCACAGUCGUGGCAUCCAUUUGUUCCAAAAUACACCCUUCUAACAGAGACCCGUGAGCCAGUGUUGAAAGUAGUGGGACCGUGUAUCAUGUCAAACUGCUGUGGGGACGUCAAUUUUCAGGUGAAGCCGUUGUGCGAAUCGCGAAGUGUUGGCCUAAUCAGUAAGCAGUGGAGUGGUUUACCAAAGGAAAUUUUCACAGAUGCAGAUAACUUUGGGAUACAGUUUCCUAAAGAUCUGGAUGUGAAGAUGAAAGCAGUGUUAUUGGGAGCUUGUUUCCUCCUGGACUAUGUCUUUUUUGAGAGAUCGAGAGCCAAGUUGGAGCGGCAGACGGUGAUCAGUAGCUAACAGCCCAAAACUUGCCCCCCCUCCCUGAACCCCAAAUGAACUUUAACCCCUUCCUGCCGCUCCCCUCCUCCACAUACCUCUGGGAGGAUUAAUAUCCAUGGUUUACAAUUCUUGGUAUGAAUGCCUUUAUUCUGUACAGAUUUAAUAUUAUCUUAUCUAUAAUAAAAUUUACUCAGGAUACAAAAUGGAGCUGAAGUGGUCACUGUAAAGCAAAAACGGCUAACUUUGGAUCUGCUAAAAAUGGAAAUAUAAAGAGUGCCUGAAUGGUCGGGGGUAGUAGGAACCGGCAGGAUAUUAAUGGAUUGCCCCAGGACCCCAGCAGCGAUGGCCGCACGAAUAAAGGUGGAGAAACGUUUAACACUCACACGAAAUAAAUGUUGGAUACUCUGCAAAGAGAUGGCGUCCAAUAAACGAAUGCGUAACAGCGCUUCCAGUAACAAGCCCUUACUGUGAUGUGAAAAACAUGACACUAAACAGCGUUGUUUUCAUUUCCUAACGCAUCCCAUGUGAGUGCAUAGAUUAAAGAAACACUCCAAACACCAUAGACACUACAGGAGUGCCAUGGCACCCAGCCCUAAUAUCUGGGUGGGCCAGGCGCUGCCUCUAUUUGAGCCACAAGCUCUCUGCGUUGAGCUAAACCCCGCAGUGCACAGUUUAGCUCUUUGGCUGGGAUGAGCUCCGGAGAAGAAGUUCUGGCUCCCCAUAAU